AUGGCGAGAUAUCGCAGCGUGCAAGCCAUAGCCUUCUCUCUGAUCGCACGAGUUGCUGGGAGUCGCUUGAAGCUGGGCAUUCUAGUCCUAGCUUGCGGAUGCUGCACGGGCAUCUAUGUCUUGACGAGGGCGGACCGCCCUCCGCCAAAGAUCAACUUCGUGCACCCAUGUGUUGCGGCGAUCAGGCGCAAUGUCACACACCAGCCAAGCUCGGAGUAUUUGUCCAGUCAGCUGGAAGAAUCUUGGCUACAGAGCUCCAUAGACGGCAGCGCGAUCUGCAACAUGUCCUUGCGACAGCAGCAACAAGCAAGGAUAUGGACAGGCUAUUCAAAGUCUGUGUUCCGUCCUGAUGGUCAGCCAGCCAGGGAGCCAACACCUGAGGAAGCCUCUGUGCUCUCCUCAUUCUCCCGGUCUGUUGACGGGGUGUCGCUUCAGAGUUACAUCGAGCCUCUUCAUGGGAUGGCUCGGCACCCGAUGUCGGAAAGCUGUAGAGCAACAGACCCUUCUUUCACAGCUGACACUUUUGACAUCACCUACAUCGUCACUGAGAAUGCCUGCGGCAGAUCUGAGCCGAAACCCAUCGUCAAGUAUUAUGACCUGGGCUGUACGGACAAUGGGAACUCUCUCAACGCCUUUGAUGGCUUGAAGUAUGACUUUGGUGUGGGGCUGGGGCCCUCCAUUCCGCUCUUCUUUCAGAUGUACAAGGAUCGCUGCCUUGAGUUCGAUGAGAUCUUCGCCUGGGAAGUCACGCCCAUGAACGUAACCCAUUGGUGGCAGCCUAUUCCAGACCACAUUCGCCACAGAGUGCACUUCUACAACAUACCGGUCGCUGAGAAUCCGUGCCCACAGGCCUUACGUGGACCGCUGCCCGAGAAAGGGAGUUUCCUUCGGCUUCUCCAGGAAUCUGCAGAGCCAAGUGACUUCGUCGUCGUAAAGGUGGACAUCGAUCAUGGUCCAGAGCUGGAAAUUGUCGAGGCACUGGCAGAACGGCCCGAGCUGGCUCAGCUGGUGGACGAGAUCUUCUUUGAAUAUCACUUCGAUUUCCCAGAGCUUUAUCCAGGUUGGGGAUACCCACCAUGGAAUCACCGAACUGUGAACACAGCCCUGGACUUGUUGCAACGCUUGAGACUCGCUGGAAUCCGGUCCCACUUCUGGAUAUGA